GGGCCGCGGGCCCGCAGGGAGCGGCUGCGGCGGCUCCUCCUCUCCGGCCAUGGCUGUAAAGGACCCCACAGCUGUAGAAAGGGCCAACUUACUGAACAUGGCUAAACUGAGUAUCAAAGGACUCAUUGAGUCAGCGCUGAGCUUUGGCCGCACUCUGGACUCCGACUACCCCCCUCUGCAGCAGUUCUUCGUGGUCAUGGAGCACUGCCUCAAGCACGGCUUGAAAGUAAGAAAAUCCUUCCUAAGUUACAAUAAAACCAUCUGGGGUCCUCUGGAACUUGUGGAGAAACUAUAUCCAGAAGCUGAGGAAAUAGCAGCAAGUGUCAGAGAUUUGCCUGGCCUUAAGACACCCCUGGGCCGUGCCCGGGCCUGGCUGCGCUUGGCACUGAUGCAGAAGAAAAUGGCCGAUUACCUUCGCUGCCUGAUCAUUCAGAGAGAUCUCCUCAGUGAAUUUUAUGAGUAUCAUGCCCUGAUGAUGGAGGAAGAAGGAGCAGUAAUUGUUGGGCUGCUGGUUGGGUUAAAUGUGAUAGAUGCCAACCUGUGUGUAAAGGGAGAAGACCUGGAUUCUCAAGUUGGGGUGAUCGAUUUCUCCGUGUAUUUGAAGAGUGAUGAUGACAUUGGGGGUAAAGAAAGAGAUGUACAGAUUGCUGCAAUACUGGACCAAAAGAAUUAUGUGGAAGAACUGAACAGGCAGCUGAAUAGCACAGUCAGCAGCCUCCAUGCAAGGGUUGAUUCACUGGAGAAAUCAAACACCAAACUGAUUGAAGAGUUGGCGAUAGCUAAAAACAAUAUAAUUAAGCUCCAGGAAGAAAACCAUCAAUUAAGGAGUGAAAAUACUCUGAUUUUAAUGAAAACACAGCAUCAUCUAGAGGCAACUAAAGUGGAUGUUGAAGCAGAACUUCAGACCUACAAACACUCCAGGCAGGGUCUGGAUGAGAUGUACAGUGAAGCUCGCAGGCAGCUUCGGGAGGAGUCCCAGCUUCGACAGGAUAUGGAGAAUGAGCUGGUGGUUCAAGUCAGCAUGAAACACGAGAUAGAGCUUGCCAUGAAGCUGCUGGAGAAGGACAUCCACGAGAAGCAGGACACUCUCAUCGGCCUCCGCCAACAGCUUGAUGAAGUGAAAACAAUUAACGUGGAAAUGUACCAAAAGCUGCAGGUUUCUGAAGAUGCUAUGAAAGAAAAGAGUGAAAUAAUUAGUCGAUUAGAGGAUAAGACCAAUCAAAUUAAUGCAACUAUGAAACAACUAGAACAAAGUGACAAAGAUCUGUUAACUCAAACUAGGACUAUUGCAAUGUCAUUCGUCAAAUGUGCCAGCAGUGAAGCUCAGCACCAGUAUAAGCUUGUCAAGGAUAUAUCAUUCUGAAAGCUCCUCCUCCCUUGCUGGCUCCAAAUAGUUACUGAUGAACUAGACCUUCAGAACUUUAAAAUUCAGACUUUAAAGUGGUGGUGUUAGAAAUCCUGCACUGUAACUGUUCGUAGCUGGGUUCUGUUUUGCUUUCUGGAGGAACAUCACCUCCCAUCUCACUUUACCCCUCUUAAAAACCAGUAAAUUACUGCACUAUUACUAAGCAAAUGUGAGCUAGUUUUCUAAUGCUAUUUAAUCACUUCUUAGUUGUCAAACAAAGUUUAUUUUGAAAGGUUAGAUACCUUUUUCCCUGCUUACUGCUGUCAGUUGUAGGCUGUAUUUAUCCCCCAAGCAGGCUCUCUGUGGGGUGCUGUGGUUGUAACAAGCACUGUUUUCUAACCCAGAGUGACAGGAGUUUGAGGGAAGAGGAGUUGAUGUUCAUUCAGAACAAUGUGUGAGAAAAGGGGGUGUUGCCAGCAUAUGUCCUGUGUGUACAGGGAGAGGAUGACGGCUCUGGGGGUAAAACAGCUAAAGCACAAUUCCAUUCUGCUGAUGGCACGUGGUGCAAUAUUGUCAUGGAGCCUGGCUUGGGUGGCACUCCAGGCAGGAGGGACUGUAGGGGCUGUAGCUGUGCCUCCUGCCCAGAGCAGCUGCACCCUGCUGGCUGCUGGGAAAGGGGCAGUGGUAAAUAGGAUUUAGAGUUAGGGCCCAGCCCCUGAACUUGUCCAACUGGUUUGUCAGCUGAGGAUCUGCCUGGCUGUGUCAGCACCACCAUCAACACCUCUGGGAGUGCCCAAAGCCCUUUCCCUCCCUCCACCCAUCACUAGGCUGCCUUUACAACUCGAAUUUCUGCUGGGAGUUGCUGCUUGGCUGCACUGCAGCAAUAAGAGAGUUUAACCUCCUGAGUGCCCCGAUACACUUCCUGAUGUUUGCUCUGAAAUUUGGAGUGCAAGUUGACUGGGAAAGUUAUCUUCAGGUGUUUCAGCAGAAGGGGAUGUGUUUGCCAAAGUCGGGGCAGGACACAAUAAUACAGAAAGGUUUCUACUCCGUGGUUUUGUACUGCGUUAUUCCUUAGUCUGGAGUCAGAAAGAGCCUGUAACAUGGGCUCGCUCCUGAAAAUUAAAAGUAAAUAUCCUCCAUCCCCAAAGAAAACCCAAAGGAGAGCAAUGGGUGGGCCAUAGCAGGAAUGGGAGCACUGCCCAGCUUACAGUGUCUCUGUGCAGGAGUGUCUGCCCCAGGACCAUCGGGGUGCCAGUGCAGCUGCAGGCUGGCCCAGCUCAGCCUGGGGUGAGUGCCAGCACUGCAGGCAGGCCCAGCACCCAGGGCACGGGGCUGCAGCUUUGGGGCAGCACAGCCCUCUGUGCCUUGCCUGUGCAAACUGCACUGGAGUAGACUUUGUGAUUUAGGGCAGGAUUUGACUUGCUGUUCCUGUUCAUGUCCUGUAGAUUCAUUCAGCCUCUGCACAGGGCAUUGACCUGCCUUUCCCCUGUGUUCUCCUUGCCCUCUGGGCACGACCACUGUAGGUGUGACUGGGAGCAUUCCCAGCCCCUGGGACAGCUGAGGCAGUGCCCACUGGAUAAGAGGGUUUAAUUCCAGCCCGUGUUCACUCUUUUACUGGCAGCUUUUGCAAAUUCCUGCUGAUGCAUCAGCAGAAGCCCAAAUGCAAACGUAUUGCUGACUUACCUCUUUUUAGCUGACAUUGGAGUUGAGUUGCUCUGUGUUGAGGCAGCUGCUGGCAGUGAGAAAUCAAGCAUCUCUCAGAUUUCUCCCACCGCUUACCUAAGAGGCCCCUAAACAGUUUUGCUAAAUGGGAUGCAGCAGCUGGGGACACUCAGUGGCAUUUCCCAGGCUCUCCCUCUCUCCUGCCUUUUCCUCAGGCAGGGGCAGGCUGGCAUAGCACAAGUCCCAUUGGAGUACAUUCCCUUUACAUCCAUCUUUCUGCACUAAAGAGGUGACCAAGCAGAGAGGACCCACAGUGAACUAAGGGAUUCCAAGGGGAGUGUUAGCACAGACCCCUGGAAUUCAGUAGGGAAAGAUUAAAUAAAAAACCCCAAUCCCUCAUUUCUUGACGAAUUGUUUUUAUUUGUCUAUAAUAUGGAGCUAUUUUAACCAGUGUAAGAAUGCAUUAUUUUUAAUACAGAUUAUUUAAAUUAAUUUAAGAGUAUGAUGUGGUCGAGGUAGUUCUAUAAGUGUAGUGGGACCUUUGAUGUCUUAGGCUAGUCAGGUUUUUUGCUGUGUGAUUGCAGUGCUCUGUAUUCAGCCUUAAGCCUCAAUUGUUUUGAGCUGCUUUUGCACAACACAUGCUCUGCCCCAUCCUAAUGGGUGAUGGUGUGAGCCAAGUACUCUACAGGAUUUAUUGGGGGGGGGGAAAGAAAGGCUUCAAAAAAAGUACCACAUGAAGGAACGCUAAAGGAAAAAGAAAAGCAUCAAGUUCUGUGCUUUAAUUCAAACUAUGUAUCAUCAUGCUUUGGCACCUGUUACUCAUGAGCAGAAAAUAAAGCAGUGAUUUCUGGCA